CAGCUCUUUGCACUAGACGAAAUGACUGACGCAAGCUUUGAAAAGCCAACCCUGAGCCGGGAGACUUUGGAACAACAAAACAUCUUCUUCGACGAGGACUUCUAUCAAGAUGCCGACGAGGAAGAGGACGUCGGCGACGGCAGGAUUUCAUAUUAUGAUUUGCCACAGCACGUCAACACCGUUAGGCAAGCGCUGCUGAAUUUUGAAGGCAGGAUACCCGAUUGCUGGAGCCCCCACUUCGACCAUGAUUCACUACCCGCCGACUACUUCCAACCACCAACCCCCGCCAUUGAAAAACCUGACGUCGAAGGAAUUACGUUUGAAACAUGCAAGGAUCUGAUGAAACAAGUCGAAGAGAAAAGGACGGCAUGGUCUGAGGCUGAUUGGGUACACUUUCUCCGGAGUCGUCUUUUCAAAUCAUACGAAGAUGCGUAUCCCAACAGAACAAAGUUCAAUAAUUUGUUCGAUCGUUGGUCUUCGGGCCAAAACAUAUGCUGGGAGGAGUUGCGAGAACGGCCUCACUUCGAUCCGUAUUUAACGUUUCCCACUGCACCCAAGCCAGAUCUGACAUUUGGCUUCCCCGUUAUUGAUUCCAGCGACCGACUGCCGAACGGAUUUGCACAAGAAACAUCCGUCCAGAACUUCUCCGAGAAGAUUCUAUCGGAUCUAAUUGGUGCAGGCGUCAUCCCGACGGUCACUACUGGCCUGCGAAUCAAAUGCAACAGAGGCAGCCGCAAGAUGUUCGAUGCUGACAAUUUAUGUUUUCCGUGGGCAGUUUUCGAAUCAAAACGUUCUGGUCUCGGUAGUUCUGGGAGAGAACGUUGCUACUGCCAGGCAGCAAAUGCCAGUUCCGCGGCUCUUACCCUACUGGAAGGCCUCUUUCGAAAGACAUAUGGCCAAUUGCCUAACGACCUCGGCCCAAUCAUUGCAUUUACAAACACUGGUGCAGCCUUUAGGGUGUGGUUGACUUUCCAGACAAAAUAUGGCAAACACAUGAUGGUGUGUAUAUGGGAGAGCUCUCUUGACUGUAUAUGGGGAAUCUUAUCAACCUCCAUCAUCAUUGCGAACAUGCACAUCUGGGCAUCACGUGUUCUCAAAUCAAGGAUUUCCGCUUGCAUCAGCGAGUUUCGACGAAAGCGCCAUGUAGGAUAGCUACCGAGAAAGAAUUCGUCACCUUGGGACCGCCAACUGACUCCAAAGUUCCAGACGAGGAUGAAUUCUUACCAAGGAGCCUCAGCGCAAAGUCCAGCUGGAAAGAGUUCAAAAACAUGCCCGC